AUGAGUGGUGAAUACACAGCCUUUUUCUACGGCAAGUCAAAUAUAGAGCCACAAGAGGAUGAGCCAGAACCGAUGUCAAAACCCGAUUAUGACGACUUUCAUGCCAUUGUUGAGCACGAUCUUCCCAACAUUUAUCGAAUUUUGUCCAACUGGUUCAUUAUACUAGAGAUCGGAAAGAGAGGCGUCGAGCCAAUUCGACUACGAGAUGCAGAUGCAUACAGCGCCUUCAGCGAACCCGCGGCUAUAAAGGCUUCCGAAGAGGCAGCUGCCGCCAGAAAGGCUGCCACUAAAAAGAAGAAGGCCGAUAAGUUAGCCAUCGAGAUGGAGGCAUCUGCUGCACAAGAUGACGCCAGACGCGCCACAAAAGCAGCCGCAGCAAAGGAAGCUGCUACUGAUGACCAACUGAACGACAAAACGGGAAGAAGAGGCAGACAAUCAUCACAGUCGCCGAAAGUACCAGUCACCCCCCCACGAGGCCUUGUAUCCAGCAGUCUCGGACUAGAAAGCGACGCAUACCUCAAUAAGCGCACAGAAAAGAUGGAGGAUUGCCUGUACCAAAUUUCCCGAUACGCCUUCGAGUUAAAGAGCUCGCGAUAA